AUGUCUGAUACCAAUUCCGAACAAUCGGAAAAAUCUCCUACUAUCGAGGCUGAAAAAGAACAAAAGAAGGCAACUUUAUAUAAGACUGAAAUGUGUCGUAAUUGGGAAGAACGAGGUUCAUGUCGAUAUGGUACAAAAUGUCAAUUUGCGCAUUCAGAAAAUGAAUUACGUAAAGUUCAACAUCAUCCAAAGUAUAAGACCGAAAUUUGCAAAACUUUUUGGCAAAAUGGAACUUGCCCAUACGGUAAAAGAUGUUGUUUCAUCCAUAACGAUAAAGAACGACUCCUCCUUUGCAAGAGAAGAAAU